AUGGGCAAUUUAUCGAAUUCAAUAGACCUCUUCGAGAAAAACGGCACCAAUACAUCAAACAACUGCGAAUUCAGGAUAAAGAGGACCAUGUACAAGGAGUCGUCGGACUUUGAGAUAAUAACGUACAUCAUCAGGUACAACAACACGUACCAUUUCAGAGAUAAGUCCCUCUUCAGCGUGUCAGUGGACGACUUCAACGACGUGACGGUCUUCGGCUAUUACGAUCCCUCGUCAAAACGAGACGUGUUGGACAAGGUCGAGGUGUACUACUCGAUUUUUAAGCGCAGAAACCCGCUGGUUAUAGUAUUCACGACGCGAGACGGGAAGAAGCGGUUUUAUUACUACAAGACCCUGUGCAACAACCAGUACGUCUACCACACACUGCCGAACGAGCACUUCCGGGAGGAGGACCUGAAGAGUGAGUUGGUGAACGAGAACGACAGGGUUAACAAGACGCUUGUAUUUAGGCUGGGCGGAGGCAACAACAUCAACAUUAAGCAGAUUCCCGAGAGCGUCGACUAUCAGCUGACGAUUGGCAGGGGCGACAAGUUUAAGAAGGUGAUGUUCGUCCCAAACACGGACACGAGCGAGGGAGGGAGCCCAGGCGGGCCAUUCGUGCUGCACAACGACAACCUGUUCACCCUAAGGCCCAGGGGCUACGGGAUAAAAAACGAGAUGAACGCAUCGCACCUGGCGGAAAUGGACAACCGGGAAAUCAGCGCAGUCCGUAUCUACUACAGCAAGUCAGGCAACGUGGCGCUGCUUGCCGAGUUUAUCGAGAAGGGCGUCAGGCACCAGUACAUUCGCAAGGACAAGGAUGGCUACUACUGGGAGAAGGGCACGAUUAACUACAACAACGAGUGCGACCUUGAGAACAAGCUGAAGCACGUGAAGUCCUACUCCGACAGCAACGACAUAAUAACCUACAUUCUAUACAGAACCGGAAGUCAAAACAGCUCAAGUUUCGAGCAGCAGGUUGACUCUUACAGCGACUCAGAAUUCAGUCACGCCUCCUCCGAAACGAGCACUUGA